AUGCCGCCUUUAAUAUUACAUAAUGUUCCAGAAGACGAGUGUUAUGUAGGCGAUGAUGGUGUCAAAAGACCUUAUGCCAUGCUAUUCCCUGGAAAUGAUGGGAAUCCAGGCGUAGCAAGAAUUCGAAGAACAGUCCCGGAGACAGGAUCCUUUGGCAAAUCGACAAGACGAUCUCGAUCAAGAACUGGCACUCCAGCUUUGAAAAAAGAGGACCCGACCUUAGCAGCCGCAGAUGCAAUUUUUGCUGCCACUUUCGCAAGACGAGCUGCGGCUACAACAGAAUCAGGACAGCGCAAGUCCUCGAUACAACCCUCAUUAUCGCAAAGCAAUCUGCGAGAUAACAAUGCCUUGGCAGCAAUUGAGGGCAAUGGCGGCUCAUCUUCGAGAUUUGUACACAAGGAGCCUACAGAGGUUAUACUACGAGGUUUCACGCCAGAACAUCAAUGGGCCGCUAUCGCCGAAUAUGAAAGAAUCGCUGGUCACAUUUGCGAAGAUUACCCUCGCGAUGCCCCUCUGGAUCAACGUAGAUACAAAACAGACCUUCGAGAUCCUGUUGUUCUGCGAAGACGUCCACUGACCAAAGAAGAAAAGGCGAAAGCUUUGAAGUAUGCUGGUGGGAAGCACUGGAUUAAGAUUACGUUUGAAUCAGCAGAGGCAGCAGAAUUAGCUAUGGAAGCUUCUCCGCAGCCAGUGCUUGGUCAUUAUGUCACCGCAGAACUGUAUCGCGGUGCACCACCCGCACAAGAUGAACCAGGAGUUUCUACAGUACCAUCGACGCGAUCGUCUCGUUCUAAUGCUAACAAACAUCGUUUCGAUCCCGGACCUUUACUUCCUGGCGCAGAACGCUCGCUUCAACAAUCGGGUCUCCCCCGCUCCUGGACUACCCCCGAAAUGUCGCAAGUCGGUCGAAGCGUGCACUUCGAGGACCGUGGCCAGUCUCCAGAAGGCUCUCAGGCUACCAGUCAUACUAUCGACACCACUACUUUAACAACAUCCACAAUCACGGGUGGUACGCUCGCCUUUCAACAACGACCCUCUUCUGCAGGUCCUGCAGCUCCCGAGGCGCCCUCCCUUUACUGUCGCAAAAUCCCCACCGCGAAACGCCUGCAGCUCCUUCCCGCCGAUCAAGCCCUACUCCCUCAAAAAUCGUACACGCAACAAGUCUUGUCCAACAUUCCAUUAUUAAAUUGGUUUAGUGCGGAUAUCAUAGGGGACACGGUGCCAAGGACAGAGACGGGCGAGUUUGAUUGGGCUAAAGCGAGUCUUUACUGGAAGAUGAUCUACUGGUUCGAUACAUACCUAGGGAUUUUUGGAGUUGUGGGAGGAGAAAAGGAUGACUAA